GAGAGAGUUACUUCACACAGCAACGCCCCCCAUAGCUUCUGUAAUCGAGCGUCGGGCUGCAUGAUCCGCACCUCUGCAAUGAUGCACGUUUCGUGUUGGAUGGGAUCCUCUGUAAACACCGCAAAGCUGCCUCAGACACAGAGCUCCAGCGCAGCCGCAUACCUCACAAGUUGCUAGCGUGUUGUGUGGAGCAAGAGGCGGGCUCGACAUGGCUGUGGCUUUGACUCAACAUACACGGCUACGCAAAACGACGCUGGAAAACCAGAAGCAGUUGAGAGAGUGAGGCGCAGAUCAUCUGAAUGAAAGUCAUAAGAGCGGUUGGGUGGCCAUGGACCCAUUCAGCCAGUUUAUUCUCACCAUCUCAGUGACCAGUUUCUUCACCUUCCAGUGGCUCUUCCACAAAGUCAGCCCCUGGAUGUCCAUACACAUUAGCCCCGGCAUCCUCAGCCUCAGUGACAAGCAGAAGGUGGAAUGGAACUCAAGAACGGUGUCGACGUUUCACGCUCUGCUGGUGGGACUCUUCUGUCUCUACAUCUUGUUCUUUGAUGAUGCCGUCAAUGAAGACCCAGUCUGGGGAGAUCCUACACUGGUGAAGACUAAUGUUGGCAUCACAACAGGCUACCUCAUAUCUGAUCUGAUGCUUAUAUUUUACUAUUGGAGGGCGAUAGGAGACAAGUUUUUUGUAGUUCACCAUCUGGCAGCGUUGUAUGCUUACUACUAUGUACUGGGUGAAGGAAUGUUGCCUUAUUUUGCUAACUUCCGUCUGCUUGCUGAGUUUUCUACACCAUGUGUGAACCAGCGCUGGUUCUUCGAGGUGCUCGGUUAUCCCAAGUCCUCCCGGCCCAACAUGGCGAAUGGUGUUGCCAUGGCAGUAGUGUUUUUCAUGGUCCGUAUCGCCGUUAUGCCAGUCUACUACAUUCGUAUGUACGCGGUCUACGGCACUGAGGCCUUCUACCUGGUGCCCUGGGGUGGCCGUGUAGCCUGGAUCGGCUCCAGUAUCUGCUUGGACAUCAUGAACAUCAUGUGGAUGCACAAGAUUGCCCGCGGCUGCUACAGGGUGCUGCGCUCGGCACGCCGGAGCAAAGCCGUCACACCUCAGGAGAAUGGGAAGACGGAUUAAGGGAACCAGGGUGUCUGUGGUGAGAAAACACCGCAACUGAGACAAAUUGCAAUGCAAAGUGCAUUGGGGAGCAGCCGCUUGGACACGUACUGUCACACCUGGGACAAGUGAUAUUUCAGGACUGAAUGUAAUGAGGGAAGCUGAUCUUCUUUUGGAAAGCGGACACGGUCACUGAGAUGUACCGAUGUACAUCCCUAAACCAUGAGAUGACCUCUUAGCAAUACUCUGUGUGCACGGACAUUAACUUUUCUCUUGAACAAUUUACCACAACACAAAAGAGUUCGUCCUGGGAGAAUGGAUUGUUUUCCCAACCACAAAUUGUCAAAAUGUUUACCUUUCUUUACAUACAUAAUGCUCAAUAAAAGACAUUAAAUGUUUUGUUCUUCUAUUAUUACAGCUGCCAGAGUCCUGGAAUAUAAAUGAUGAAAUAUAAAUCAAUGUUGAUGGUGAGGCAGAGACUUGAGGGUACCUGGAAACCAUUGAGUGAUUCCUCUAUGAUGGUUAGUGCCAUACAAUCAUUGUCUGUUGAGGAGAAGCGUCUCUUUUUCCUCAGUAAAUCUAGAGCUAAAUUUGCAGGGACUUUACUGCCACAAUCUGGGAUUAUAUCAAGUGCAAUCACAGAGAAUAUGUUUGAAUCAGUAAAUCACUCACCCACUGUCAUUCAGCUCAGAGGUUCAUUUAAAAAGCCAGCCUUUUUAGAGUUUUUUGGAUAUCGUCUUGGUUGCAUUUGAACAGUUUAUAUAUAAUGUAACGGUGAACAGUACACUGUAUGCUGUCUAUUUAUUUUUGUCUUGCUGGGAUCGAGGCAAAUUUUCCAACAUACAAACAAUGAAAGAUACUGUUUUUAAUGAACAUGAAACUAAUGUACAGAAUACUUUAGACAUGCUGAAAGGGACACUGAAUGUCAACGCCGUGUUGCUGACAUUAAGCAAUGCAAGAACAUUCAUUUUCCUUAAUAACAUUAAGGCAACAGUUUUCAUCAGAUAUUUGAAUCCAUAUGACUAAAUGUGAAUACAAGCUGAUAUUUCACGGACUGGGCAAUAUCACAUCGCAUAAACAAAGACAUGUUGUUGACACUGUUUGUUGGAGCCGUCAUUAUAUUUAUUUCACAUUGUUCGAUGCAUGGGGAUGAAACUGCUCAUUCAGAAACAGUGUUUGAAAUGUACGUGUUUGCUUAGAGGGUUGAUGAGAGAUCUGACACUGCAUCUGGCUGGUAAUGAUAAUAAUAUUCACACUUCUUAUUUGUGAUAUUUUCAAGCACAAACUGUCCAAAUUCAGCCCUGGGCAACAUUUGCCAACAAGCUGCAUGCAGCUACGUGUGUUUACCAUCAAGGAAUUGGACAUUUUAGCUUUUAAAUUAGAUUAGUACAUGAUUUCAGUUAAUUUGUGUGACUUUGUUUCUGCAGUUUCAUUUAAACUAGACAAUAAUCAAUGUUUCAGAUGCUAAUAGUUCUGUAUAUGUCCACAAUCUUUUUUUCCUAGUUGUUUUAAAGCCUUGUGAUACAAAAAGCUUCUGUCUGAUGUUGCAUUAUGAUUUCCAAUCGGCGGUAAACAUGAUUUUUAAUUCCAUAGUUAUUCAUCAGAUUGAUAAAAAAGUUUUCAGGGGAAAGUAAAAUAUGGAUAAGUUGUGAAGAUUCACCUUAUAUUGUUUUCUUAAGCAUCAUUCUACUGAACGCAGGAACUAAUCUGUUCAAGGGUUUUUAAGACAAAUGUAUAAUUUGUUCAAAUUAAAAGAUGGUAAUUCAUAAUGAUCUACGACAAAUGUACUUGAAUUGUCAUUGUAAUUGUUUCUUUAUAUGAGCUGUACAUCAAACGCUUCUGUUAAAUGUUUCGUGGAACAGAUAUUGCUAGUUUUGAAAGUACGCCUUGCUAUGUUCAGCAUUUGAUUAUGUUGCCUUUUUAAAACAACUUAUGAUUGCACAGUGAAUAUUUUGUUAUAUCCAACUCCUCACAACACUGACAAAUGUUUUCCAUGUCUGUCUAAAGGGAUUGUUUGGGCUUGGUAAUAGUUUCAAAUGUAAAGAGGCAUGUUAGGGCUGGUUGUUUUUUUUAGUGCUUUUGUUUUGUUAUGGGUUUAAAAAUUCAAAGAUUUGUGUAUUUGUGCCAGUGCUUAAGCCAUUACUGCUCCGACAGACUUUAUUUUCAUACCCAUGAGCGAUUUCAUUUCAUACAACAGUGCCAACUUUGCAACCAUGAUUUGUUCUGUUCUCUGCACGCUGCAGUCAGUUUGAUGCUCAGUGUAGUUUGGCAACAGUCACACCGUGUGAAAGUCUUUCAGCCUUUCGAUCACAGGCAGUGUGUUCGGAACAGGAUGAGCUCUGGGUGGAUGUGUCAGGAUGUGUUAAUAUUUCACUGGAAAUCAUGCAAAUGUUUCAGGACAGCGAGUCAGGGCUGGCUCUGUAUGCAUGGUCAAUAUGGUCUUCUUCAUGCACCCUUUAUAACUGCAUGUGGUAUUGCAUGGGGAUUGCACUGUAAACAAAAUAGCAUAUACAUUUGCAAUACACAUUUUGUUCUUUCUUUUCUUUUUCUUAGUACAUGUACAUAAUGUUUCCUUAAACGUCUUGUACUGUGUCACAUAAUAUAAUCCACAGAUGAUGAUAUUUUGUAUAAUAUCCAGCACAGAAAACAUCAGUAAGGGUGUACUUGAAUAGUCAUCAGCACAGUCUAUAACAAUCUGGGCAGUGCAGAUAGCCAUUAAUCUUAUGAGCAUUUUGCAUUAUAUGCGUAUCAUUGUCUUUAAUUUAUUAAUCCAAGAGAAGUGGACGUAAACGACGCAGAUGCUGUGGGUGUUUCUGUUCUGAAUGUUUGGGGCAGAGAUGUUAGUAGACGGAGUGUUUAGUGACAUUCUGUGAAUGUAUUGGAGAAGAGAAAACAUUUGUCAUUUUCAUUUGUUCUUUCCAAUAAAUACCAAAUUAACUGAU